AUGGCGGACUCAAGCCUCAUCGCUUGCCUCUAUCCAUAUGGCGAUAAGCAUCGUGGCAUUGAAAACUCGCGACUCGCGGUUGAAAUGAACGAGUCGCGACGCAUCAAACCCCUGCGUGAGGACUUUAGUCGGCGUACAUCCUUCUCAGCGGAAGAUGAAGCCGAUGCAGACAACGCCGGUAACGACUACAACGACGGCGGUCACAACCACGACCACGAGGAAGCAUCUGACAGCGGCCACGAUUACAGUCCGGGAUUGCGGUUGGGAUUUGACGACGAGCGAAAAUUCUCGCACGGGAUCGUCAUCGGGACAAGCCCACAAUGCGACAUUGUGUUGCCAAAGAGGGACAGCCUGCGCGGAAUCGCUCCCUACCAGUGCACCAUCACGUUCGAUGAGCAAGGACGACUCAUCCUAAAGGAUGUGCAGAACCCAGAGGACCAGAGGAGAAGAAUGAAAGGCAGAGCCGCCUCCACGCCCGGAACCGCCGUCACGUACGACGGCAAAGGAGGAGAGAAGCGGUGCACCUUCACCUGGAUACUCGGCGGCCACGAAUUCAUUGCGGACAAUCAGCCAAUCGUCAUUGAGCUCCAUAAACAUCUCAAGUUCCAGAUCGUCGUUGCUCGCUAUGAUAUCCAUUCCCCGAUGUAUAAGGAGAACGUCGCUCGAUUCCUCUCUGGACCCGCCCAGUCUGUGGAUGACCUCUCCCUCAGCCAACUGGGACUCUGGAACAUGAGCUCGACAGCGGAGCAAAGCGGGGUGCAAACCCCCAGUGAGCCGCUACCACCUAGCAAAGAUGUCAUCCUGCUUGAAUAUGGAGAGCUUGGAAGGGGAGCCUUUGCAGUGGUGAUCCGGGUCUGGAACGUCAGUACUGGGGUGGAAUAUGCUUCUAAGGAGCCUCUUAAAAAGGGGCAUUGGGAGGUUUUGAAGGGGGAAAUCAAUCUCCUAAAAACGAUCCACAAUGAACACAUCGUUAACUGCAUUUCCGAGUUUUCGACGACGAUGCCGAUGCCUCGGUUGGUCCUUGAAUAUAUUCCUCUUGGAUCUCUCGAGGACCAACACCAGGAAACCUCCGUCUCGGUCGAGGAGGCGUUUGAAAUCCUCUGUCAGGGCCUCUCAGCCUUGAGGUAUCUUCAUGGCCGCGAAGACCCGAUCGUCCACCGCGAUAUCAAACCGAGCAAUAUCCUGGUGCAGUCGCGACUUCCGAAGUUGCACAUCAAGCUCUCCGACUUUGGCGUCUCCAGAGCGAGCCCAAGUUACCUGAGCACUUACUGCGGUACACCGCUCUAUAUUGCGCCAGAAGUGUUCGCGGGGGAAAAGUACGACGCGCGUGUCGAUGUCUGGUCUCUCGGUAUGGUCGUAUUUCAGUACGCUCAUGGCCUUCCCAAUCCCGGUUCGUCGGGUUUUAAUGGAGCCACCUGGACCGAGGAUGUUGUCCGGGUACUUGAGUCCGGAGCAUCAUGCUGCCCUCUGCUUGCUUUCCUAUCGACGGCCAUGCUAGUUCGAGACAGGGAGUCGCGCUAUUCCGCCCACCGUUGCUUGGAGAUGGUACAACAGCUCGACCCGUCGCAAUUCACCUGUUCAACGCCGACAUGUACUUCCCAUACCUACGACGACGACAAAACAGUGCUUAACGAUUCCCCUGAUCCACAGGCGGCAUUCCAGGCCUUGGAUACAGUUACUGACCUUGGUCAGCGCGGCUGUUCUGCAGGCCGCUCUUCUGGUGCGACAGAAGGCAGAAGGCACAGGUCGGGUGCCCCCCCUCCCGACUCCCUCGUGUCCGCUUCUGCCGUGCGUCGGAGGAGCAUAUCACGGGUCUCGAAACCGAGGGCCUCGGAUAGGAAGUCUAAGAAGCGCCGAGAACGCGGCGGCGAUGCAGCUGAGGAGGUUGCAUACUUCUUUGACAAGUUCUCGAACCCGCUCCAUUCUCUCUAUGUUGGUUCGUCGCUUGCACAAGGAACAGUCUCCGAGUGGACCAGCGGAACCACGCAUGAAUCGGGUGCUCCUUUCCAGCGAAGUCUAGCUGAGGCAGUUGCGGAUGGGGCUGGCGAGUCGGUCGUGCUACUUGAUUGGUACAAUGAUCCUGCCUGGACGGAACCUCCGCCAGAGCAAAGUGGUGAGAAGCAAGUCUGCCUGCUUGGCAAUCUGAUGCAGAACUGGGACGAGCCAGGAACUGUCGUGGAGCAGGCAGCACAAGCGGCUGAGGCGGUCGGGUCUCCGCUGAAUGGGCCAGCUGCGUCCCGACGAGCGGCGGCAUCAUCCACGCAGGGCUCGACGUCUAGAGGAUCUGCUGUACCGCAGCCGGCAUCGAGUGACGGAUAA